AUGUCUCAAUCCACCUACGUCUCUGGUGACUUCUCCGUCGUCAAGGACUUCUACAGCGAUUGCACCAUCCAUAUCUCAGGAGGAGAAUCAUUCAGCGCUCACCGAGUUAUCUUACACCUCCACUCGCCUGUCUUCAAGGAACUGCUCAGCGAGAAGGCCGGCAAGGGAGAGGAUGGUGGUGUUGUACYCGACUUGAAAGACGAUGAUCCUGACGCUCUGCGUACGAUGCUGCACUUCUUCUACCACGGCGUCAUCGAAUUGACAUGCUCACUGCCGCUCUACGUGACUGUCUUCCAAAUUGCAAACAACUACCAGGUGUCAAACCUGAAGACCCACGCUUAUGACCAGUUCUUCAACAUCUUAUUCAACGAGUCUUGGACUGCGAACGACCUGAUCGAUGCGGCCAUCAAGUUGGAGGAUACCGUCAACGCGACCGAAGAGACUGCACGGAUGAGAGGCAAGAUCCUGGAAGCUGUCUCAAAGCGCUCAUGCGGGCUUUACAACGAUCCGUCCUUCAAGAAUUUCAUCCAGGAGUAUCCAGAAUGGGUGAUUGAUUUACUCAAGAUCUACGAUCCGGAGAGUCGGUCACUUGAUGGGGGCGAUCAGGGACCCGGUGGGAACGGGUCUGGCAAUGAUCACGAUGCAGACGAAGGGAAUCAUUGGGGUCUUGACAGCACGCACGACCAACAUAACACGAACAUCGACACGGAAAACAGCUAUGAGCCGACCACCUCAUUAUUCACCAUCCCUGGUCGUACACUGGGUGUAAACGCGGUCCCCCGUCCGGGACCCUUUUAUGGACCUGGAAUACGAGACCCACCAUCGGAUGCGUUCAAGGCACGGAGCGAGGCUAUGAAAAAGAUAUUUGAUUAG